UCGAGCGUAGCGCUGCACAGACAUGGCUGGACAGAAGUUCCUUAGGAAAACUCUCUUACUGAUUUUGUUUCUGGUUCUUUGUGUUUCUUCAGGGUUCUCCAUGGACGUUUGUUCGAACACCAUUUUACCCGGGUCUAAAGGAGAUCCCGGCGAGGUGGGCGAUACAGGAGAUGAGGGACGACUAGGGAAAACCGGUCCACCGGGACACACGGGUGUCCCGGGGGAGAACGGAGAGAAAGGAGAUGCUGGGAGAAGUGGGAAAAUGGGACCUUCAGGAGAGCCAGGAGAAGCAGGAGAGACAGGAAGCGCUGGAUCCGCAGGGUCAAAGGGAAAAACGGGCUCUACGUGUGACUGCGGGAGGUACAGGCGACACAUCGGGCAAACGGAAAUCAACACCAACAAACUGAGAAAUGCCAUAAAGUUCCUGAAAACUGUGAUCCUGGGCAUUAAGGAGACGGAGCAGAAGUUUUACCUGCUGGUGAGGGAGGAGCGUAAACACCGAGAUGCUCAGCUGAACUGCAGGCUGAGAGGUGGAACCCUGGCUCUGGCUGACAACAAGAACAUCAGCACCCUUCUGGGUUCCUACAUCAGCGAGGCAGGUCUCACUCACGUUCUAGUUGGAACUGGGGGAGAACCCGAGCACAGCGCGAAUGCUACGGUUUCCGGCCGCAGGUGUGCACAGGUGGCGUCUGAUGGAGCGUUGAGCCGGGCCGAGUGCGACAGCGAGAAGUUCUACAUCUGUGAGUUCUCCAAGAUCUAAGUGCAGAACCGUUCUUCAAGAAGACACUUAAAGAGGAGAAAGGGUUCUUCAGAGGUUAUUCAGAUCAUUAUGAGUUAUAUGAUAUUAUAUAUGAUAAUAUUAUAGUAAUACUGUGAUCAUAUUAUCAAUAUUAUAUUAAUAUUAUAAACAUCAUACUGUUUUUUUUUUAUUUGAAGUGAGUGUAUAUAUUCUUUGGCUGACUCUGUACAUAUAAAAACGAAUAAAGCAAUAAAGUCUUAUGACUAUGUCCUACAGACGUGACUACGCUCUAAUCAUGUAAAUGUCAUUAGGGCUAAAGGUCACUAUGACAUCAUCAAAUCACAGAGUAAUAUAAUGUAAUAUUCACCAAAAUGUUUCAUUUUAAAUAGAUGAGAAUUCAUAAAUUUGCCAAUAAAGGCAUGUCAUUCCCUC